AUGAAGGCUCUCGUCUACAAAGGCAACGGUCAAUGUGCCCUUGAGGAUCGUCCCAUUCCGCAGAUCCAGGAGCCUACAGACGUUGUUGUGAAAGUGGUGUAUACGACGAUCUGUGGCACAGACACGCACAUCCUGCACGGAGACGUUCCAACAUGCACACCCGGUCGGAUCCUUGGACAUGAAGGUGUUGGCAUUGUCCACGAGACGGGAUCAGGAGUCUCAAGCUUCAAGAAGGGCGACCGGGUCCUGAUCAAUUGCAUUUCCAGCUGUGCAACAUGCACAUACUGCCGCAGAGGCAUGUACAGCCACUGCGUCAAAGGUGGCUGGAUCCUGGGCAAUACCAUCGACGGCACUCAAGCAGAAUACGUUCGCAUUCCACUUGCCGACAGCGGACUGCAUCAUGCCCCUCAAGGCGUGGACGAAAAGGGUCUGGUCAUGCUCUCCGACAUCUUCCCAACAGGCCUCGAGUGCGGCGUGCUGAAUGGAAAAGUCCAGCCUGGGUCGACAGCUGCUAUUGUCGGCGCGGGACCGGUGGGCCUUGCGGCAUUGCUAACCUCGAAGCUGUACUCCCCCAGCAUCGUCAUUGUCAUCGACAAGGAUCCAAGUCGUCUCCAAGUCGCGAAGAAGUUCGGGGCGGACUAUAUUGUGAACAGCGGGGAAUCGUCGCCCGAGGAAGCGGUCAUGAAGUUGACUGACAACACCGGCUGCGAUGCGGUCAUCGAAGCCGUGGGCAUCGCUGCCACCCUGGAACUGGCUCAGGACCUGGUUGCUCCUGGCGGGACUAUCGCCAAUGUCGGCGUGCACGGGAGCAGCUGCUCCUUAAAGAUCGAGAAGCUGUGGAGUGCCAAUAUCUCGUUGACGACCAGGCUCGUGGACACGGUGACCACGCCAAUGCUGCUGAAGUUGUUCGCCGCCGGAAGCAUUCGCCCAGCGGACCUCAUCACCCAUGAGUUCCCAUUCUCGGAGAUGGCGAAUGCAUACACGACCUUCAAGGCGGCGGCAGAGCACGAAGCUCUGAAGAUGCUGAUUACCAUGUAG